AUGUCGCAGAGGACCGAUGCAUCGCCCACGCCACCAAAUCCUCUCCCCAAAGUGGACGAGAAACCGCUUAGAUCUAGCUCGUGGCGCUCUUCUCGUCGACUUGAAUCCAACGACAAACCUGAUCGGCGAAGGAGUUUGCGAAUGAGCGAAGGACGAGACAGUGGGGAGCUGGAAGGCAGCACACUCGGGAGCAGCUCCCGCGACGGGGAUAAGGGAGGCCGAGGAUCUCGACGAACACACAGCUCAGGAGGUUUCUUACUGGACUCUUCAUUCUUGCCCAGAUCAAGUAGUCUCAGGCAUAGUUAUCAUCGCGCCCAUCACUCGGAAUCGGAGCGAAAGGAGAAGCGUGGAACACCCCCCGAUUCGGAGAUUGUGGUACCCAAGAAGCGGUCGCGAUUCCCUUGGAGCCGCCAAAAAGAGUCAACGAAGGAAUCUUCAGCAGCGCCCCCGGGGAGAGAAGCUUCUCAAGAAACCCCUGGUCCGUCACAUUCGCAACAAGAUGCAGAACCGCAUCCGUCCCAAACCACGGAAGUGGGAAGCGAGACUCCCCUAGGGCUUGAUAGGGACUCAUUACAGAUCGUCAAUCUAGCAUUGAACUUGAGCGAAUCCAGAAGAGUAAGUGCCCAUGGUCGAGUGCCUUCUGGCCGCGUUGCAGGGGGAAGGUGGACCGCGUCGGCAGGUCAACCUUCCGUUUCAUCGAGUGGAAAGGGUGCACCUAUUACACUGGGCAGUCAAAAUGAUAGCCCUUAUCCACGCAGCGGCUUUACUCAGAUGACCGUCGAUGAUCACUCGAAGCUUUCGGGGGCCUCACAUGUGGAUCAAGCCGUACAUGCACCAUCUUCGGUCUUGAACCUGCUGCCCGAUUCCGUCAAUUCAAACUCCCUACCACACGUAUUCUCAGACGGCACGCUUGCUCGAGCUGAUAAGGCCCGGCGCCAUUUCGAGCUCUUCUCCGAAUAUCUCCGAUUGCUUCCUUCGCUUUCUCCCCUUAAACCGCACGAGGCACACACAGACCCAGAUUCCACUCCAGCGGGUACUGGCGACACCCCUCCAGGUCGCUCGUACAACCCUCUUCAAUCAAUCCGAAACCGCAAAGUUAGAUUCCGCGAGCGAUGUCCCAUUGAUACGGAUGCAGAAGGCUGGACCAAUGUCGGAAAAGUUCAUGAGUGGGUUGACUCGAUCGAGAGCCAGUUCAAUCAAGAAGACCGUAGCUCUUUUGAAUGCUUGAAGCUCCCACCUUUCCACCAAGGCUCGAAAGACCUCUCACAUAAAGAGCCGGAGGGUGAUGAGAUUAUAGGAGCCUCUCCUUCCUCCAGUCUGAGGCGAACCAGCCGUGCAAGCAGCGUCAAGGCUCGCAGACCAAAAUCUGAUUGGAUGAUCUCACCGCCAGAACUUUUGGCUGAUAUCGCAUGGGUUGAAGAUAUACAAAAUAAAAGCAAGCUUAUCGAUAAAGAUGGAAAUAAUCUAUACCCCGAUCCCGCAAUGUUGAUUCCAUCCGAUGCCCUCAAAACCAAAACCAGGAACAUUCAAGAAGAGCUCCCAUCCAGGCGGGAGUCAGUAGACACAGACCAGCCGACCUCACGCACUUCUUUAUCGGACGCCCACCCUGGACUGACACCUGAGUUCAAACGGAUUGGACGGGGGAGACGGCGGCAUAGAUUUCAAGGCCCCUCUCAUAUCGUUCGCAGCAGUGGUGGAGGACACAAAUUACGAAGCGUUCAAGCAGCUCUUCGAGUGCGUCAAGCCGGGGUGACAAGCAAUAUUGGAAAUACCAGGGAGAGAGCGUGGUAUCCCCUAGGAGAUGAGGAGAGCUCUCUAGAUAUGAAAGCUAUGUCGCCACAGAGGUCUAAUCUCCAACGAUCUUGGAAAGCUUCUGACCGUACUAAAUCCCAAGAACAGAGGGAGUCUAUAUCCUCAGCGCCAAGUGUGGAUGACCGCUAUGACCGUCUGACAUACUCUGUGACAGCCGAUGGAAGGGUGCCGCUUACUCCUAUCCAAUCCACUUUCUUUCCGAGUAUUGCAUCAAACUUAUCGCCCCCAUCAAGCCGGUCACCAUCCCCGUCGAAAGGACGGUUCCCCCGUGCGAUUAUUGCCCGCCGGGAGAGAAGCAAGAGUAACUCGCGAGCUAAAGAUGCUGUGGACAAUAGCUCCCUAGAAUCAGAGGUAUUACGUAGCAACAGUUUAUCGGAAUACUCAGAGGGUUUGCCUCACGCUGGCAGACUGGACCCGAGCCCACUUCCAGAUCAAACUCCCUCUACGCAUCAGGAUGGCCGGAUAAAGUCGAGCCAGCAAGCACGGAAAGGGCUCGCACAACAUGAGUCCAAACUUCGUGGAAUUUUCAAAGGCCCUGGUAAGAUCGCCGAAAAGGUUGGUAAUGAAGUGUCAAAAAUGGGUGGUCUCAUUCUAAAGAAAGACUCCUUGGCCCAUUCGCGACAAUCUUCUUUUGAAUCACACGUCACAUCUGACGAUGAGAUUGCCCUAACCGAUGUUGAAGAAUCGAAAGGUGAUAAGACCACUAAUACCAAGGCACAACUACGCCGCCUCCCCACCUUUUCUGAGGACUACAUUCUGGCGGCUCGUAGGGAGCCAGAAAAAGCAGCUGGGAAAGAUUACCUAUCCGCGCCAUUGCCCUUUACUUCUCCCUCCCGCCAGAGCGAUCAAUCCGAGGGCCAUAGAAGAUCUGAUUUGGGCAGUCCCCAAAAGACUUCUUCAGAGUCAGAGAUGAAGAGCGCGAGAGAGACUGGACGAGACGAGGCUCUAUCGCCAUCUCCGCAGAAGAGGCGCGAUGUCCGCAAGAAACCCGGGAAGGUUGCGACUUUUGGCCCUGAGCUACAUACCAUCCGAGAACAGAUCAAGAAAGGCCGAAUUAAGGAUCCGUCUGUGCCAUACAGUCUCACUCGGCCCCCGAUCACAGGCCUUGCACAAGCAAAGGCAUCACAUGAACCGUCCUCUCAUGAAAGUCGCUCCACGCCCUCCAGCCAAUCCAGAAGCUGGAGUAUCUCUGAGCGCAGUGUUUCUACCUCGAUGGAAUCCGGAGUCCCGGCAAAAAGAGAAGUCGAACGUACCCGUGCGCUCCUUCUCUCUUCAGGUAUCAAGGCGCGAGAGAUCACUCGUCGCGCUCAUACUGUACGGAGUCCUCCGCCUGAGUUUCUUCGACGCGCAAUUGGCCCUGACACGCCAGUUCCGGAGGUGCCUCGGUCGCAUGAGUUCGAUCUCGCCAUUCAAGCCUUGGUGAAGAGGUUUGAGAACUCAGAGGAGCUCUUCCAGCGAUCGAUGGAUGGUUAUCCUGGUGAUAAAUUGUCAGCUCUGAGUUGUCAACUUGGCGCACUUGAAGAUCUAGUCAACAAUUCUCUCAACCCACGUGUGCGGGCUGCCGCACAAGAUGCAGAAGAUUUGAGCGUUCAGCUCAAUACUACCAGCACCCUAGCAGUGAAACAGCUCAGCGACACCCUCGACAAAGGCAUUCGGAGGCGCCAUCGCCGGCUACGCUGGAUACGACGUACCGGAUUUGUGAUGCUCGAAUGGGCCCUUGUUGGAAUGUUGUGGUGGGUAUGGUUGAUCGUCAUGGCUUUCAAACUGUUACGGGGUGUUUUCCGAGGAGCAAUCUCUGGCGUUAGAUGGGUACUCUGGCUGUGA